CAAGGUCGUUAGGGUUUACAGGUUUCAUAUAUAAACCAAGAGUUAUCGAUGUAAGCGAUGAUGUUUGCUCGAGCAUUUUGCUAUCCACUUUGCGAUUCGUGCCAGUAUUGGAAGUUCCCGGUUCUCUACAGCCUCUACAUUAGCCAGGCUACUCAGCUCAGAUACCGGCACAAUGCCUAAUUAUAAACUGAUGUACUGGGAGGGUGCUCGAGGCCGUGGAGAAUACGUACGUCUGCUGCUAACAGCCAUCGGUCAAAAAUGGGAGGAAGUGCCCGUGGCUUUCCAAGACUGGCCCUCCUUGAAAUCCAACACACCGUUUGGACAGCUGCCAAUUUUGGAAGUGGACGGACAAAAACUGGCGCAAACCAGUGCUAUUGUCAACUUUUUAGCACGGCGAUACGGUCUCGCUGGAGAAAACGAAUGGGAACAAGCACUGGUCGAAUCCGUAGUAGCGGCAACAUCCGAUAUUUUUACGGCGAUGGGAAAAGUUGUUAUGUCGCCAGAAGGACAAAAGGCGACUGAAGGUCAAAAAUAUCAACAAGAAAUUUUCAAUCCAGCCCUAAAGUAUUGGGAGAAAUUUAUUUCCGAACACGGGACAAACGGGUAUACCGUGGGAAACAAGAUUACCGCAGCGGAUAUUGCAAUCUACAACGUGCUGGACUCCACACUUCUCCUCAAUCUAACUACGAAGGAUUUCAUUGAUGGCUUCCCCAAAGUGAAGGAGGUUGUGAACAAAGUCCGCAGUCACGACAAACUCUCAGGAUACGCUAAAAAGCAUUAAGCCAGUAACGUGACAUUAUUCACGUGCUGUUGUUAGUUAAAAAUGAUUACUGCGGUAUCGAGAAUCAAAUGUUGUACUGUACGCAUAGAAUUUCCGCCUGAUGCUAUCAUAUUUUAAGGGUUAGAUCUGUCAGUCACCUAUCGAUGCGAUUAAAUUACGAUUUUAA